AUGGUUGAGAUGACAAUGACAGAUCCUCCCUUUGGACCAAGAAUGGAACUAAAGAAGAUCUUAAAAUUGGCUCCUCAAAGGAGAUUGCAGCGCCACAUAGGUGGCCACACGCAGCAGAGCAAUCCGGCAGCUACUGUUGUGUAUGAUCACCCAGGCAAUGCUGGUCCCACUGGUGACGCGGGUGAUGCUGUCAUGGUGCGAUGGCUUCAGUCUGCUGGGUUACAACAUCUGGCCUCUCCCCUGGCGUCUAUGGGUGUCGAUCAACGUCUCCUUCCUAACCUGCUUAUGCAGGGAUAUGGAGCGCAAUCGAUGGAGGAGAAGCAGAGGCUUCUCAAAUUAAUGAGAAAUCUCAACUUUAAUGGUGAAUCUGCUUCCGAGCCAUAUACUCCAACUACACAGAGUCCUGGAGGGAUUGGAGCAUCCGAAGGUUACUAUUCUCCUGAGUUCAGAGGAGACUUUGGGGAUGGGCUUCUGGAUCUGCAUUCUAUGGAUGAUACAGAGCUCUUAUCUGAGCAUGUUAAUUCUGAACCAUUUGAGCCAUCACAUUUUAUGCCGGCAGUAAACUACUCCUUUGAUCGUGACUUUGAUGCUCCUACUAGUCAGCAGCAAACGCCAUCUCCAGACACUGAUGCUGCAGCUGGAUUUCCGCCAGUUGAUAAAGAAAACAAUGCAAGGGAAAACAACGUGGCAAAGAUUAAAGUAGUGGUGCGUAAAAGACCUGUAAAUAAGAAGGAGAUUGCUCGGAAAGAGGAUGACAUUGUCACUGUAUCUGACAACGCUUCUCUCAUUGUUCAUGAACCCAAGCUUAAGGUGGAUUUGACAGCUUAUGUGGAGAAGCAUGAGUUCUGUUUUGAUGCUGUCCUAGAUGAACAUGUUACUAAUGAUGAGGUUUAUCGGGUUACUGUGCAACCAAUUAUUCCUAUUAUAUUUCAGCGCACAAAAGCAACAUGUUUCGCUUAUGGCCAAACAAGGAGUGGUAAGACGUACACUAUGCAACCUUUGCCUCUUAGAGCUGCGGAAGAUCUUAUGAGAUUGUUGCAUCAGCCAGUGUAUCGUAGCCAGAAAUUUAAGUUGUGGCUUAGUUUUUUUGAAAUAUAUGGUGGUAAACUGUUCGAUCUUCUCAGUGAUAGAAAGAAACUCUGUAUGAGGGAAGAUGGCCGACAACAGGUUUGCAUUGUUGGACUCCAAGAAUUUGAAGUUUCAGAUGUGCAGAUUGUGAAAGAAUAUAUCGUGAGGGGAAACGCUGCUAGGAGUACAGGUUCCACUGGUGCAAAUGAGGAAUCAUCAAGGUCACACGCAAUAUUACAGCUGGUUGUCAAGAAGCACAAUGAGGUGAAGGACUCCAGGCGAAAUAAUGAUGGAAAUGAUUCUAAGGGUGGCAAAGUGAUCGGGAAGAUUUCCUUUAUUGAUCUUGCAGGAAGUGAGAGAGGUGCAGACACCACUGAUAAUGACCGACAAACAAGGAUUGAGGGAGCAGAAAUUAACAAGAGCUUGUUGGCUCUUAAAGAGUGUAUUCGUGCUCUUGACAAUGACCAGAUCCAUAUUCCAUUCCGUGGGAGCAAACUUACUGAGGUGCUUCGUGACUCCUUCGUUGGCAACUCAAGAACUGUUAUGAUUUCUUGCAUCUCUCCUAAUGCUGGAUCAUGUGAACACACACUCAACACAUUAAGAUAUGCAGACAGGGUUAAAAGUCUAUCUAAAAGUGGAAAUACAAAAAAGGAUCAGAAUGCAGGCAGAAUACUCCCGAUGAUGAAGGAACCUUCUUCUGCACCAACUUUGGUUGCUUCCACUGAGGCAGAAGAUGAUAGUGAGCAACCUCAAGAGUCAAAAGUAUCAGAAGUAAGUAGAAGGAUGGAGAGAGAAAGUACAUCUUACAGUCCCUCUAGUGAGCACAACCAAACCUCUAGUUUUGCUUCAACUCAUACCUUCACUGGGUGGGAAGAAAGUGGGACAAAUUCUGCUGGUCUGGAGAGGGACAAGUUUGAAAUGAAGAAUAGCUAUCGUGUUCCAGCUGGUCAGAAAAUGUACCCAACACCAAACAUGCAAAGUUCAGCUGAUACAGAAGACAAGGUGCAGAAAGUGUCUCCACCUUGGAGGAGUGUUUCUAGAGAUGAGAAACCCGAAAAGCCAGAAAGGCCAGGAAACGGGUCAAGAAUUGAUGUUUCAAGCGCAGACUCAUUGUCUACAAGUUACAAACAACAAAGUACAAAUAGCUCCAACAUAAAAAGUAUUGGAACAAGACAAAAUGAACUUAAUUCACCCCCUCGUGAUGACAAUAUCAAUGAGAUACUGGAGGAAGAAGAGGCCCUGAUAGCUGCCCAUAGAAAAGAAAUUGAAGAUACAAUGGAGAUCGUUCGUGAAGAAAUGAAUUUGUUGGCUGAAGUCGAUCAACCUGGUAGUCUCAUCGAUAAUUAUGUCACACAGCUGAGCUUUGUUCUAUCACGCAAAGCAGCAAGUCUGGUCAGCCUCCAAGCUCGCCUUGCCAGGUUCCAGCAUCGAUUGAAAGAGCAGGAAAUACUGAGUCGAAAGAGGGGACCACGCUAGGCUACAAGUUACAUGGAUGCAAUCAGAGAGACGCCUAUUUCUACUUUCUUUUUACUUCUCUCUUUUGUAAUUAUUUUAAGAAAUAUCUUAUUCCUCUUGUGCCAAAUGUGUACACAAACCAUCAAGAAGUUCCAUUGAGCAAAUUUACUUAAAGAGGAAAAAA